AUGGCAGCGCCCGUGCCGGGGACCAGCAAGCCCACGAGCCCUGCGACCUGUCAGUGCCUGGAGCGACCGCCGCGCAUCAAAGCAGAAGCAGCAUCAUGCUGCAAGAGUGUUGUGCAUAUCAUGCAAAGACAUGCUGCAGUGGUGGCGUUGCCAUUUGCUGUAGGUGUGUUAGCUGCGCGUCGACGGGCUUUGAGAAGACCACGGCGUGUGACCAUGUACCAGGCCGUACAGCGAGCGUGGUGCAACCUCCCGGAAAACUACAAUUGGGACAUCUGCACGCAGCAGAACUACGCAGCGAGUGAGGCUGUGAUCAUCCCGGGAAAGCUCGAAGGAGCCCGAAAGCUUGUCGACAGCUCGUAUCACGGGUAUUACACCCCGGAGAGGCAGCGUUUUCAGGAUGACCUUAUCACCGAUCUUGUUGAAAACAAUGGUCGGUCACAGCAGGCACCCGUUCUGUUGUUUACUGCGGGAGCCAUGGGCGUGGGCAAAACCUUUGUGCUCCACUGGCUCCGGGACAAGGGCAUUUUGCCUGUCUCUGAUUUUGUUAAGAUCAACCCUGACAAGCUUGCCAAGCAACUUCCAGAGUGGGUGGGAUAUGAUGCCUACGACCACUCCAGCGCUGCAGUGAUGACCCGGUUGGAGGCCGGCUACCUCAGCGAGCUCACUUUGCUUUAUGCUCUCCAGCAGAGGCGCAAUAUUUUGGUUGACAGCUCCCUACGGCACGGCAAGUGGUACUCCCGAGUGCUGCAGAAGAUACGUGAAAAGCUGCCGGAUGUGUCCGUCGUCCUCAUGUACAUCCAUGCGUGCGAGGAAACAGUGUUUCAGAGAGCAGUCGAACGAGGGCACAACGGUCGUGCAGUGAGUCAUGCAGAAGUCGCCGACUCCCUGGAAAAGCUUCCUCGGGCCCUCCAGAAACUUCUUCCUUACACGGACUCUUUCAUCCAGGUUAACAACAACUUCGACGAGCCUCAGGUAACAUCCGUUUGUCAGCAGGUGCGAGACGAAGAAGGCUCCUCGUGUCAAGUGUCAGAAGACAUCGAGUCCAUGGGCGAGGUGGGCUGGUCCGGUGUGGCAAGUGUGCUGCAGCAGGCGACUAACGGCCCGCCUGCAGAACCGCUAGCCGAGCCGCCGGCCAUUCUUCCAGCUUCUGGUUCCUCCCUGCCGCAGCCCAUGAGCACCCUCUUCCACACCAUCGCCUUUGCUGCCACAAAGCAUCUGAACCAGACUCGCAAAAACCCACAGCAGACGCCUUACAUCAACCACCCCCUGGCCGUUGCUCGCAUUCUUGCCGAAGUGGGCAUCCGUGAUUUGCCUACGCUGCAAGCUGCACUCUUGCACGACACUCUGGAGGACACCGAUACCAGCGCUGCCGAGCUCUCCGCUACUUUUGGCGAGCAGGUCCGGGAACUAGUGACGUCGCUGACCGAUGACGACAGCUUGCGACCGGUCCACAGAAAGCUGGUGCAGCUGCGAGGUGCUACAACUUUGCCCCCGAAGGCGAAGCUUGUACGCAUCGCAGACAAGCUGCACAAUGUGUGGGAUCUGGUCCAUCAUGGCAUCCCGUCCUGGCCCAAGGAGCGCACCGAGCGAUACAUUGCCUGGGCUUGUGAGAUGGUGGCAGCCUUGAAAGGGACUCAUGCAGCUCUGGAGCAACGAUUCCACGCUGAAGUUUCGCUACCGGCUGGCUACGAGCUGGGCGACUGGGAGCGCUUCGCACAAGAGCAGCUCAGGCACACAGAAGCCUGGGAGCACGUGCAUGUUCAGGACGACGAGGUCACGGAACAAGUGCACACGCCAGAGCUGGACGAACAGCGUGCGGUACUGUCUCUCUUGAAGGCGGCAGAGUAUGUCGCAAGCCGCAACGGCUCACAACUCAUUGACAGUGUUAAGUUUGCAUUGAUGCUGACGGAGUACGGCAUCAAGGACCCAGAGACGCUCAAGGCAGGGCUGCUCCUCGGAACUGCCAACGGUCACGACCGAGUGAUUGCGAAGGAGUUUGGAAACGAGGUGGCAUCCAUACUCCGGGGCCUGGAUGCUCCAUUCCCCUCUGUUGCAAGCAAUGCCAAGGCCAAUCGGAUCCGUCUCGGUAAGCAAUUGCACGAGUUACGGAAGCUCCAGUGGGGGACACUCUCUUCGCCAGAGGAUAUUGAAGAAUUCCGCACCCUGUUAGAAAGAACACGGGGUGUUCGAAAGGUUCUUUCUGGCAGCCACCCGCCUUUGGAAGAGGCU